AUGCGCCUUCGUUCUGUCCUCUGUCCCGGCGCCGCCCUCAUGCUGGCCUCUUUGGUCGCCGCCGAGGCCGCUUCAGAUGUCAUUAGCUUGACCGCGAGCUCAUUCGAGUCCGUCGUCAACCCGGAGCCCCUCAUUCUGGUUGAAUUCUUUGCCCCAUGGUGUGGGCAUUGCAAGGCUCUCGCUCCUCACUACGAGGAGGCCGCGACUGCUUUGAAGGAGAAGAACAUCAAAAUCGCCAAAGUCGACUGUGUCGAGGAACCUGACCUCUGUCAGGCACAUGAAGUCCAGGGUUACCCAACCCUGAAGGUCUUCCGCAAUGGCUCCGCCAACGAUUACACUGGACCACGAAAAGCCGAUGGUAUCAUUAGCUACAUGGUUAAACAAUCACUCCCUGCCGUUUCCGAUGUCACCGCCGCCAAUCACGAAGAGUUCCAAAAGGCUGACAAAGUCGUCGCCAUCGCCUACUUGGCCUCCUCAACUGAGGCUCCUGCUGUUGAAUUCAGCGCGGCCGCCGAGAAGCACCGUGAUGACUACCUCUUCGGUCUCUCUACUGACAAGGACGCCAUUGCCGCGGCUGGCGUCAAGCCCCCAGCUGUCGUUGUCUACCGCAGUUUCGACGAGCCCAAGACUGAAUACCCCCUCCCCGUCUCCGCCGUCACCACUGCCGAAUUGGAAGAGUGGAUUGCUGACCUCGCCGUCCCCGUCAUUGACGAAGUUAGCGGUGAAAACUACGCCGUAUACGCCAAUAGCCCGAAGCCCCUUGCAUACCUCUUCCUCGACCCGUCUGACGAAAAGAAGCAAGCACACAUCGAGGCCAUCCGCCCUGUCGCUCAGAAAUAUAAGGCCAAGGUUAACUUUGUCUGGAUUGAUGCCAUCAAGUUUGGUGAUCACGCAAAGGCCUUGAACAUCAUGGACACCAAAUGGCCCGCUUUCGUUGUCCAAGACUUGAAGCAGCAACUCAAAUACCCUCUCGACCAAAGCAAGGACGUUACGCCUGAGGCCGCUGGCGAGUGGGUUCAACAAUACCUUGAUGGCAAGCUCGAACCCGCGCUCAAGAGUGCCCCGAUCCCUGAGACUCAGGACGAGCCUGUGUUCACCCUUGUUGGCAAGCAAUUCGAUGAGAUCGUCUUCGAUGACUCCAAGGAUGUCUUCCUUGAGCUUUACGCCACCUGGUGCGGACACUGCAAGCGCUUGAAGCCCAUCUGGGAUUCUCUCGGAGAGAAGUAUGCUCCUCUCAAGGAGAAGAUCACCAUUGCCAAGAUGGAAGCCCAGGAGAACGACCUUCCACCUUCAGUUCCUUUCCGCGUCGCUGGAUUCCCCACCAUCAAAUUCAAGCCUGCUGGAACCCGUGAAUUCAUCGACUAUGAUGGUGACCGUACCCUCGAGAGCUUGGUUGCUUUCGUUGAGGAGCACGCCAAGAACAGCCUUGAGCUCCCCAAGGCUGAACCCGUCGUCCCCGUUGAAGAUGCCGCGCAGACACCAUUGGCUGCUGAGACCCCAGUUGCCACCCCAGCUGCAUCAGCAACCCCCGAGGCUCACGAUGAGCUGUAA